AUGAGUCGAAACCAGCGUGUACAGCCUGGCGGCGGCAGCCGAGGAGGCAAGCCGAGCGGGAGGGGCAGAGGUGGUGCCAAGCCGGCCGUGCCAGGGUGGGCGCCGGUUGCGACCACCAGUACGGACUCGGCUCCGCCACUGGCGUUAGCGUACACCCCCAGCACUUCGUCUUCGUCUUCAUCAGGGCUUCGGCAAGCCGCGGCGCUACCGCCGGACCUGGAGUACAUUGAGGACUUCAUCACAGCCGACGAGGAGCGCGCACUCGUUCAGGCCAUUGACGCACAAGAAUGGAGCGAAAAGCUACACAGGCGCACUCAACAUUACGGCUACGAGUUCGACUACUCGCGGCAAGACAUCAACACAUCAGUUCCGAUAGAGCUGCCCGUCUUCGCUCAGCAGAUAAUUGAGAAGAUGCGCCAGCGAGGGCUCCCCCAGUUCGAUCAGCUCAUCAUCAACGAGUACACUCCAGGCCAAGGCAUCAACCCGCACAUCGACAAGACGCACUGUUUCGGACCUUGCGUCGUGUCGCUCUCUCUUCUCUCCACCUGCGUGAUGACAUUCACCAGCCUGGAGACCGGCGAGAAGAUCCCAGUCGUGCUGCGCCCUCGCUCCCUCGUCGUGCUCCGAGGGCAGGCCAGGUACGGGUGGCAGCACGGAAUCGAACCCAAGAGGGCGGAUAUCGUGGCGGGCAAGCACACACCGCGCGCCCGACGCGUCUCGCUCACCUACCGCACCGUUGCGAAAAGCGCGGGGAACGCCUGA